AUGCAAGCUACGAAAAGCAGAUUAGCAGAAGGCAUCGACUCAACCGAAAGCUACCGCUUUGCUGUUAAUCACUAUUCAAAAUCUGUGGCUGGUCUGCGGACUGCCCUCAAUCAGUUCGCAAUCCUACCCAACCUUCGACAUAGCAUUCUUUGGACGACCCACUUGUUAGGAUUGUUUGAGCUCAUGAGUGACACGACAGGCCAAGGUUGGGUCCAGCAUCUUGUCCACGGUACAUCUAACGCUCUUGUUGCCACCGGCCCAUGGGCUUUUGAAUCCGGUCUGGGGAAGAGAUUCUUUACGGAGAUCAGGAUAUUCGAAGUUUGUCGAGCCAUCAUAUUUAAUGAGCCUACAUUCCUUGCAGACCCAGGAUGGCAAAGCCUUUCAGCCAAGUUACAAGGAUUAGACGCUGAUCAGUCACAUCCAUUGGAUACCCUGCUGGACAUCAUUGUCUUGUGCUCGACGUUACGAGUUCGAGCAAGUAAUCUCAUUUGCUCGCUUCAAGAUGGCCAGCCUGAUGGCAUACCUGAUGAAGCUCACGACAUCGCCGCGGAAGGAUUUCGUUUGAGACAUGCUCUUGCUCUUUGGCAGGCAACCCGCAGAGAAUCUACGCCAACUUCAACCUUCAAAGGCGAAACAACGGCGGAUGAUGACUUUCUCUCCCUAGCCGAAGUCUUUUUCUCAGCAACAAGCAUCUACCUCUCUGGAGUCUUCGACUACGAAAUCGUCCACUGGCAAAACAUGGGCAUCCGAGUCCCAAACCUGAGCGAAGAAGAGAUCCAGACGCACGUUUCUACCAUUCUUGUGCUCAGCGGCAUGAUUCUCGACAACUCCAAGAUAUCGCCCGUGCUUGUCCUCUUCCCUUUGAGAGUUGCCGGCGCGCGUUCAUGGGACCAAUGGCAAUAUGAUUGCAUUAUUGAACUUCUGGAAAGGAUUGAGCAGACUUUCCCGGUGGCUGCUGCUUUCAGGAUGGAUCUGGGAGCGCUGUGGGCUUCCAGAUGUUGA